UCAUGUUUAGAACAAAUCAUUCUUAAUGAUUGAUCAUAGAAAUGAUAUUGCUACUAUUUUUGCUUUAAUUGUUGGUAGGCAGCUGGAUCCUUUAACCACCAUUGGAUGCAAUACUCAACUACAGUGCCAAAUGAUCCUGACACACAUGAGGACUUCAUGCCCGCUAAUAAGCUUCAGAAUUCUGACCUUUCUUUGAAGGACAUUGUUGAGCAGGAUGUCAAUGACAACCCUGUGAUGAUUUACAUGAAAGGAGUGCCUGAUCUUCCGCGGUGUGGAUUCAGCUCAUUAGCAAUGAGAGUGUUGAAAGAAUAUAGUACGUGUUCUGUUGCUUCGUUUUACAACAAUAUGCAUACAUUCCCUGGUUUAGUUGAGGCUUGAGCAACCAUAUAUUUAUGUGAGCUUGAAUAAUUUAUGCUUUUUUAUGUGGUCUAUAUGUGACUAUUUGGUA